AUGAAGGCCUUCCUGAUUCCUCUCGCCGUGAUGGCCUCGUCCGUCAUGGCUCAGACUACUGAGUGCGGCGCCGACUACAUCGUCGAGGCCUGUCUCAGCUCGGAGACAGCGAAGCUCAACGGCUGCGGUGGCAAGGACUAUGACUGCCUAUGCGCCCAGUGGAAAAACAUCCUGACCUGCUACAACAACUGCCCCAACGAUCCCCAGCAGUUCCAUGCCUCCGGUCAGCGCGACAUCUUCUGCGGCUACGCGAGCCAGUUCCCUUCCAACCAGGUCACCCAGGCGGCCCAGCCGACCCAGACGGGAACCACAGCCGCGCAGAACACCCAAAACGCCGGCGCCGACCAGGGCGACUCGACCGAGGGAGACAGCACCUCUGCCACCACCUCCAGCAGCGGUCCUGCCGACACCAACAGCGCCGCCAGCCUCGCCCUUAACGCUGGCGGUGUCCUCGCUGCGGUUGCGGGUGUCUUCGCCGUUGUGCUUUAA